AUGCUCCCUUAUCAACGAGAACGUGGUGUCGAGGGCGAUGGCUCGGCCCUAGGGCUUGAGGGUCAAUUGCGAAAUAUGAUUCUUACAAACGCCAAUGCCAAUGCCAAUGCCAAUGCCGAUGCCAAUGCCAACCAAAACACCAACCCAGCAGUCACUCCGUCCACGUCGUCAAGAAGACGCCCAAAUCAAGCUCAACGACGUCAAAUGUCUCAACCCUUCACAGUUGCUCCCGAGCCUCGACAGCAGCAGCCCCCGACUAGGGCUCCUGUCCAAUGGCCUCCGCCGCAGUCUCGUUCAACCUCAGGCCCGAGAUCCUCGGACUUUCCUCGUUCACGGAACUCGUGGAAUGGUCCUCCACAGGCACCUGCGAAUAGGCCUCAGUACCAGAAUCCAUCGACAAUGAGACAAUACAACGCAGCCUCGUCUCACAGUGGACAUCACCAGAGCACAGGGUCGUUCCAUUAUCAACAUCGCUCCAUCAGGCCUGAAGAAAUCGCGAGUCAGGCUCGUCUGCUGGACAUGUUAUGCCAUCAAGUUUUGGCUCACUCCGAAAUCGACAGGUCCGAAAUAGCUGAAAAGGAGGCUUUUCGUCAACGUAUAGAGCAUAUCUGUCGCGAAGUCAUUAGCCAGUAUGAAGAACAACAGGAUGUGAACAGGAUCCCCCCUUUCUCUGUGGAACUGAAGUGUUUUGGCAGCUUGUCUUCUGGCUUUGCUACAAAGGCCUCUGACUUGGACCUCGGCUUGAUAUCGCCUCUGUCCAAGAUUCCACCUGAUGCUCCCGGAUCCCCUAUACCUCGACUAAUCGAAAAGGCAUUCCUGGAAGCAGGGCUUGGUGCCAGGCUUCUAAGUCGCACGAGAGUCCCGAUUAUCAAGAUAUGUGAGCUCCCUCCGGAAGACCUCUUUAAAGGUCUAUUGGAAGCGCGAGAGAAAUGGGAGCGUGGCAUCGAUAAAGAGACCCAAUCCGGAGCUGCUGAAAUAGAGCCUGACAAUGACGGCUCUGUUAGAGGCGAAGAUGAAGAUCACGAACAAAGCGGAGGCGCCGAGGCUGGUUCAGAUUCGUUGGGUGAAUUUGAGAUACUCUGCAAGGACUCUACUGAACCACAGCGAUUUCGACUUCAACAAGGCCCUAAAAACUCACUGGAUUCCUAUUAUGGUCUGGCCAAGCGCAUUUUAAGGAGAGCUGGUGGCUACGACAUUACUGCUUCAAACUCCAAAGAUUUCACGGCAGCCGACUGGGACAUUCUAAACCGUGUCUGUUACGCAUUUGUCCAGGGGCUAGCGGACGAUUCUUUGCGGGAUCAUGUUGCCAGACUUCCUUCCAUCGCUGCAGCGAAUGCCCGUUCAAAUUCACUCGACCAUCGCUCCCUUUUUGGGGUAUUUAUGCAAGUAGAGGGAGAAAACAUACUACGCCGAUGGAAAUCAUGGCGCGAGGGGCUCCCUCUAAGACAGCCUGAGGAUGACAAAGUCAUAAGGCAAUGGGAAUCUCUGCAACUUAGGUCACUACCAGAUAUCGAACCGGUCACAUACAACAGAGAACUUCAGUUGGCCCUCGAGAAGCUCAAGAAAAUUCCCUCCGUGCAACUAUUGAUGUUUGAGCAAGAUCAACAAGAGACACCUUCGCAAUAUUACACCAGGAUAAGGAGCAUCGUAAACAGUUUAGGAAGCUCUGUAUGUGCACCUCAAUCAACCAUAACCAGCCGAUAUGUUGUUGGGGUAUUUCGCGAAGAGAUACGAGAUCAACUGAGCGGUUAUCUCGAACAAUUCCCGGAACAGGCAACGAUUCAAGCGGUGGGAUGUCGCCAUAAAAGUAUUCAUCUGGCCAAUGAAUUUGAGAGAGCUAUUGAAAACAACCUAUACGACGCUUCCGUCGUACCUGCUAUCAAGCGCUAUAUUGAAAUACUGCGGCAGCCCCUCGAGAAGAGAAUGAUGGCGCCUGGGUUGUCAUAUUAUGUCGUAUCAAUCCCCGCCGAGUUCUCUUCAGAUUUCGAUAAGAUCAAGACCCUUACUGAUCCCCAUACAAUGGCACCAAAUCAAUCUGGUCAGAGGCAACGAGAUCCGCUCGAGUUUCCCAAAUCCGACGUUGGGGUACAAUGCGACAUCAACUUUUCCGCCCACCUGGCUCUCCAGAACACCCUCUUGCUACGCUGCUACUCGCAUACUGACCCGAGAGUCCGACCCAUGAUCCUAUUUGUCAAGCACUGGGCGAAAAUGCGCGGCAUCAACUCUGGAUAUCGUGGGACUUUGAGUAGCUAUGGUUACGUGCUGAUGGUACUGCAUUAUCUCGUCAAUGUUGCGCAGCCCUUCGUGUGCCCCAAUCUCCAACAGCUCGCGCCAGCGCCUCCCAACAACUUGACUCCGGCCGAGAUACAGACCACGAUAAGCUGUCGAGGCUACAAUAUCCAAUUUUGGAGAAACGAGGAAGAAAUCAUCAGACUGGCAUCCCAAAGUCAGCUCAACGGGAACACUGAAAGCGUGGGGCAUUUACUCAGAGGAUUUUUCGAGUAUUUUGCUCAAACCGGCAUGAUGGGCAAUGGUCUCAGUAGAGGGUUUGAUUGGGGCCGCAAUGUCAUUAGUUUGCGAACUCAUGGGGGCAUUCUGACAAAGCAAGAAAAGGGCUGGACGGGGGCAAAGACUGUAUAUGAAGUCCAGAAGACAGAGGCCGAUAUUCCUCACGCACCUCAUGCACCUCCACGCCCGGAUACUCAACCUCCGGCGUCUCCACAGGCUGCCAAGAAUGGGGAGGUCAAAGAGAUCCGACUUCGAUACCUCUUUGCCAUUGAAGAUCCAUUCGAAAUAGAUCACAAUGUGGCACGAACGGUGACACACAAUGGCAUCGUCUCGAUCCGCAAUGAGUUCCGCCGAGCUUGGAGGAUACUUCGCGGCGCCGGGAAUGGGAACAUUGCUCAAGAGAAUCUGUUGCAGGACGUUGAAGACGAAAAGGAGGCCCCUAUUGCACUUCUGCAAUUACUUGCAGAUAUACAUGAACCUGUUCCAGUAUAA